UGGCCUCAGGUAUGCUUGUGUUUGGACUUUAUGAUGGAGGAAGUCAACGCUGAAUUUUCAAGAAAUACUGCUAGAAAUUAAAGGUUUUUCAAAAAGUAAGAGUAAAAUGAGGGAUUUACAGGCAAGUAUAAGCCAGCUAAGGCGCUUUGAGUUUGAAUUACCUGGCAAGUCGGUCAACAAAAGACGCAAAGAAGUUCGAGUUUCUUCGAGUGCACCAAGAAGCUAUUCGAGAACAGCACAUCAAACAAAAACAAAAUCAGCAUGCUCCGCCAAGUCAACGUCUUUGACACAUAAAUGCAUAUCAAUUGGUGAUAUCACAAACUCUAAAGACUCCCAGCACAUCCUGGUAGGAUCAGCAUUACGGCGUCCCCAUGCAACAGGCUAUUCCACUAUGGAUUAUCAGACAAUGCCGGACGUAGGAAAAUCACCAAGGCAACCGUAUAGGCCUCAGACGGCAAGCACAGUGUAUGCAUAUGCCAACAGACCUGUAUCUGCAGCAGAAGCAGGUAUGAAACAUGGAAGACAAACUAAAUCAAGUCUACUGCGUAAGAAGUCUUCCUCUUGUGAGUCUUUAAGUUCUGUGAGCUCAUCUGAAUCAUUGUCAAGGACUACUUUGUCAGCAAAUACCAAAAAGAGACUAUGUAAAAUCCGUGAAGAUUAUAGGCCAUUUAAAGGUGGACAUCUAUAUCAGCCAAUCCCACCCAAUGGAGAAUCCUUGCACAGUUUUUUGAUAGGUGCUCGUUAUAACAACACAAGAUUUAUUGAUUCCAAAACCUUAUCUAAACUUGGGGUUUACAUCCCGAAAGCUGACCUUAAAACAUUCUUUGUCAAAGAGAAUAAUUGGAUGAAACAGUCUUAUGAUAAUGCUGAUGAUAUAUAUGAUGAUAAUGAAUUAAACAUGGUUGCUGUCAUAGACGAGGGAUCAGGCGAUCUACAAUCCCAUCCCAAUAACGAAGCAAUAGAAAAUCCAGUUGACACAGAAAACAAAGCUGUGAAUACUGAUCCUCAUUAUUUAAGUAUUGACAGAUGGCAUUCAGCGGAAUGGUACACAGACAGAAAACCAACCUCCCAAAAAGCCCCCCGGGCCCAUACAGCCCCAAGCAGGUUUAAGCCAAUCAAUACAUUUUAUUAUGAUUACAAUUCAGGCAAAAAGUACAAAUGUAGAACAUAGCAUGUUUUCUAUUUAUAUAUUGUGUGUUGAAUUUGGAACGUAAUAACUUCUUAGGACACUUUGAAUUGAAGUUAACAUGUAGAUAUACCUAAUAUUGUUAUACAGCCUGAAAUAUUUCUAGAAAAAUCAACACUCAUACUCCUUCACAUGGAAGGGAUAUGGAUUUCAAAGAGGUAAAAAGAAGGGUUUUAGGGGUGGGGGGUGGGGAGGCUAGUACUUGGUAAAACUAUAGGGUGGUUAGGGCUGGGUCUUUGCCUUACCCUAUCUGUGUAUAGUAGGGAGUUAUAUAAUAUAUUUUUUUAUUUUCUUAAACAAACAAAAUUAAUGUUCAUUAAUAAAUUAUUGUAAGAGCAGUGUGCUUGUGUUUUAUCCUUGAUUAUUUUGAUAUUA